CUGUGUAUUUCUUGUCUAUUUAGUAAUUCAUCGUUGGUGAAUACGCUAGGACCUGUACAUUUGAAGAGUGAAGAUGAGGAAGAAAAAGGCAGGCGUAGAAGAGGUGCAAAACGGCAAGAAAAGCCUCCUUAUUCGUAUAUAGCAUUAAUAGCUAUGGCUAUUCAUGCCAAACCUGAUAGAAGAGCAACUCUUACAGAAAUUUAUACUUAUUUGCAGAAUCAUUUUGAUUUUUUUAGAGGAGAUUAUAAUGGAUGGAAAAAUUCGAUACGGCAUAAUCUCUCUCUAAAUGAAUGUUUUGUAAAGUUACCAAAAAGUUCAGGCGGAAGAAGCGGGAAAGGUCAUCAAUGGACCAUAGAACAAAAUUGUGAAUUUUUAUUUGAGCAAGGUUCUUACAGAAGACGGCCACGAGGUUAUAAAGCAAGAACCCGAACUACUGAUUAUCAGCCUGAGCAGUAUGAACAACUUUGUGUUUCUUCAACGGUUUGUGAACCUCAGUUCGUUGUUGACGAACUUCAACCAUUACAAAGUGCACCACCGUUCCUGACGCAAUGCCAGAAUCCUUUUUGGACAACCACUUACGACUGCACUCAGCAGCAGUGGUCUUCAUUACAAACUACCAAUUACGGUAUGCCAGCAGCUUCGUCGACGUACGUAUACGAUCAGUGCCAACAGCUUCCAACGGUAUAUGGAUCUGAGGAAUGCUAUCACUACACGAUAGAUCCAACGUCGACUCAAUCGGCUAACGAAGUUUCUAUAACAGCUCCAGCACAAUUUAGUGCUGCUGUCGAAUAUCCUCAGUAUGUUAUGCAACCAACAAAUGUUAACCAGUGA